AUGGCGAGGGGUCGCUGUUGCUGCUGCUCUCCGGGGUCACUGGCCGUGUUCCUCAUCCUCUCCGCCGUGCCCCUCGCGCUGCUGGUGGCGCUGGAGCGCACGAAGCUCGCCGGCGAAUCUGUCGAGUACCGCAGCCUCGGCUGGGUCCGGGAGUGCGCCAAGUGGGACGACGAAGGCCGCCGAUUCCUCGUCUCCACCUUCCUCGACGGCGGCGUCUCCGAGGUCGUCCUCCCCGAAUUCGGCGGCGGCGCCGGUAUCCUGCAGGAGAAGCCGCUCCUCCAGGACCCCGCCGUCGCCGGGAACGGCUCUGUGGGGAUCACCCUGGACCGGCCCCGGGGGCGGUUGCUUGUCGCCUACGCCGAUCUCCGCGGCGGCCGCUACGGCGCUCUGGGCGCCUACGACCUCUCCUCCCGCCAGCGGCUCUUCCUCACCCAGCUCAGCGGCGGCGCUGGUACUCCCCACAGAUCCCUCUUUCUUUAGAAACCCUAGGAGAAAGGAGGAAGGAGGAAGCCCAUUGAGUGAUCAGUUCCUUUCUUCUUCAUCGUGUUGCAGGUGACGGGCCGUCCUUGGCGGACGACGUGGCCGUCGACGGCGACGGCAACGCCUUCGUCACCGACGCCAAGGGGAGCCGGAUAUGGAAAGUCGGCCCCGGCGGCGAGCUCCUUUCCACCAUAAGGAGCCCUCUCUUCACCCCCAGCAAGACCUGGCUGGCCAACAUCGUCGGCCUCAACGGGAUCGUCUUCCACCCCAACGGCUACCUCCUCGUCAUCCACACCUUCGGAGGCCGCCUGUUCAGGGUUGACCCCACGACGGAGGAAGUCAAUGUCGUGGAGGUCUCCGGCAGCUCCCUGCUUCUCGGAGACGGCCUCGCGCUGCUCUCCCCGACCAAGCUGGUAGUCGCCGGCACGCCCUCCGGCAGGAUAUUCGAGAGUUCCGACGACUGGAGGACGGCGGCGCUGACCGGCAGCUACUACGGGUCCCUGCACCGGAUCGCCUCGUCGGUGACGGUCAAGGACGGCAAGGUUUUUCUGAACCAUCUCCUCGGCGGCGGGCUCGGGAGGAGGACCCACGUCAUCACCGAGGCCAUCUUCUCUCCCUAA